GGCGGGGCGGGGCUUGCCUGGUUUUGCCCCCCAGCCUCCCAAACUUUCCCGCAACUCGGCAGCAGAAGCCCCGCGAAGCAGCCGCCGCGUCCCCAGCGGAGCCCGGGCGGGGAAGGAGCAGCGGGGCCCGCGGGCUGGAUCCGGGCUGCCCUGGGCUGACGCAACGUCCCCGCGGGGAUCCACCUGGCCGGGCUGGGAGCCGGCCCCGGGCGGCAUGGAGGGGCUCUCUCCUGCGCUGUCUGUGGACUGAACAGCUCGGUGCCGACGUCUCCGUGCCAGCCGGGUGCAGCCAGCGAGACGGAGAGUGGGCAGGCAGGAGCCCCCGUGGCGGGCUGCGCAGAACAUGCCCGAACCCCCAGCCAUGGUGGAUAAAUGCAGCGGGGGGUUACUGAAUGGCGCCGUCCCUGGGGAGGUGACCAAGAGAGACGAGAACGUGAAACGGGGCAACUGGACCAACCAGAUUGAGUUUGUGCUGACGAGUGUGGGCUACGCCGUGGGGCUGGGCAACGUGUGGCGCUUCCCCUACCUCUGCUACCGCAAUGGGGGAGGAGCCUUCAUGUUCCCCUACUUCAUCAUGCUGGUUUUCUGCGGCAUCCCCCUCUUCUUCAUGGAGCUCUCCUUCGGCCAGUUCGCCAGCCAGGGCUGCCUGGGCGUCUGGAGGAUCAGCCCCAUGUUCAAAGGCGUGGGCUAUGGGAUGAUGGUGGUCUCCACGUACAUUGGCAUCUACUACAACGUGGUGAUCUGCCUCGCCUUCUACUACUUCUUCUCCUCCAUGACGCGGGUGCUGCCCUGGACCUACUGCACCAACCCCUGGAACACGCCCGACUGCUCCGGGGUGCUGGACGCCGCCAAUGGUUCCGCCGCGCCCCCCCUCAACCUCACCCAGCUCCUCAACCACACGCUCAAGCGCACCAGCCCCAGCGAGGAGUUCUGGAGGCGGUACGUGCUGAAGCUCUCGGACGACAUCGGGAACCUGGGCGAGGUGCGGCUCCCCCUGCUGGGCUGCCUGGGCAUCUCCUGGGUCAUCGUCUUCCUCUGCCUCUUCAAGGGCGUCAAGUCAUCAGGAAAAGUGGUGUACUUCACAGCCACCUUCCCCUACGUGGUGCUCACCAUCCUCUUUGUGCGCGGCAUCACCCUGGAGGGCGCCGUCACCGGGAUCAUGUACUACCUGACGCCCCAGUGGGACAAGAUCCUGGAUGCCAAGGUCUGGGGAGACGCUGCCUCCCAGAUCUUCUACUCUCUGGGCUGCGCCUGGGGGGGGCUCAUCACCAUGGCAUCCUACAACAAGUUCCACAACAACUGCUACAGGGACAGCAUCAUCAUCAGCAUCACCAACUGCGCCACCAGCGUCUACGCCGGCUUCGUCAUCUUCUCCAUCCUGGGCUUCAUGGCCCAGCACCUGGGCGUGGACGUCUCCCAGGUGGCCGACCAUGGGCCUGGCCUGGCCUUCGUGGCCUACCCCGAGGCCCUGACGCUGCUGCCCAUCUCGCCCCUCUGGUCCAUCCUCUUCUUCUUCAUGCUCAUCCUGCUGGGGCUGGGCACGCAGUUCUGCCUGCUGGAGACGCUGGUGACGGCCAUUGUGGACGAGGUGGGGAACGACUGGAUCAUCCGCAGGAAGAUGUUUGUGACGCUGGGCAUGGCCGUGGUGGGCUUCCUGCUGGGCGUCCCACUCACCACCCAGGCUGGGAUAUACUGGCUCCUGCUGAUGGACAAUUACGCCGCCAGCUUCUCCCUGGUCAUCAUCUCCUGCAUCAUGUGCGUCUCCAUCAUGUACAUCUACGGACACCGGAACUACUUCAAGGACAUCGAGAUGAUGCUGGGCUUCCCGCCUCCUCUCUUCUUCCAAAUCUGCUGGAGGUUCUUCUCGCCCGCCAUCAUCUUCUUCAUCCUGGUGUUCACGGUGAUCCAGUACCGACCCAUUGCCUACAACACCUACGUCUACCCCACCUGGGCCGUCAGCAUCGGGUUCCUCAUGGCGCUGUCCUCCGUGCUCUGCAUCCCGCUCUACGCCGUCUACAAGCUCUGCCGUGCUGACGGCAACACGCUGCUCCAGCGUUUGAAAAAUGCCACCAAGCCCAGCCAGGACUGGGGCCCAGCGCUGGCUGAGCACCGGGCCGGGCGCUACGCCCCCACCCCCGCGGUCUGCCUUGAUGUGCAGCCGCUGAACCCCGAGAAGCCACGGAGCGAGGACGUCGCCCUCCCGGUGCAGGGCAGCAACGGCUCAGCCCACAGCCAGGACUCCAGACUGUGACCCGGCACCAGCCCAUGCGCCCCCGACCCGCCCUGCUCGGUGACGCACUGCAGUGCCCCCAGCUGGGGGAGCCCAGGCUGCCCCGGGCACCGCCAGGGGCUCCCCGUGUGUGCGUCCCCACCCCCCGCCCCUCCCCACGGUGUGUGUCACCCCUCGUGUUUACAGUAAGGGCCCCGCAGCCGGGCCCAGCGCACCGCCGGCAGCAGGGGAGCUUGGCAAGGGCCCAAGGAGCCGUGGCGGGCGUGCGGACCAGGGGGGAGCAAGCCUGAGCCCAGGGGCGGCUCAGCCCCUGCCCAGUGUGUGACUGGGGGACGGGGAAGCCGGGGCCCAAGCGUCUGGGCUGGGGGGCCGUGCCCUGUGAGAUGGGGGCUCCCAGCUGCUACGUGGCCCAAAGCGGCACAGGGGCCACGGACCACGCAGGCCACGCAGCUGGGGCUCUGGGAGGAGGGGGCCUAGGAGAGCGGCUGCCAGGGCCAGGAGGAGCCGCGCCCCGCUGCGUAGGGGGAGCGAAGGGGAGGGGAGCAGAGAGUCAAUGGGGUGGAGGUGGGGGGGUGGCAGGCAGGCAGCAGCUGGGUCAGGCUAGCCCAGCCCUUUGCUCUGCCUUCCAGGCCCUCCCCUCCUGGCUGGGCCGAAGUGGGGUGGGGGCUGCUGUUACCGUGGAGGGAGAUGGUGUCUGGCUGAGACUGGCGGGGGGCAGUGCCGAGGCCAGGGUUGUGUCUGGGGCAGGCAGGAUUCAACCCACCUGGCAGGACUCCUACCUGUGCCCCAGGCAUGGCCCAAGCCGUAGUGUAGCACCAUCUCCCCGGGAGCCCCCCCAGCUGGCACCAAGGGAGGGGCACUUGGAGAGGGAUGGCAAUGGAGAUGCAGGGCGGGGGCGGGGGGGGGCCCUUUGCUAGCAUGCGUGCCCACAUGCCCUGCCCCCCCGGCCCAUGCACGGCCCACGUGCAGACACGCACGGCAUAGAGCACACUCGCCGCACACACAAAAGCCCAGCGCACGGCACGUGCAGACAUGCACGGCCCAGACACGCACAGCACACGUGCCGACACACAUGCACGGCCCAGGCAUAUGCAUGCACACACGCCCAUACCCCCCCCCCACAGCGCUCUCAUGCCCAUUGCCUGGGAGUGCAGGGCCAGCCCCGGCCAGGUCCCCCCCCCCCCCCCCCCGGCCACCCCCCGUGCUGUGUCCCAUGAGGGGCUGCAGUUGGGCUGGGUGCAGCCCAGUGGCUGCACCAGCCGCAGCAGGCUGCAAGGGUUAGGCUGUGGCUGGCAUGGCGGGGUGGAGGGGGGUCCUCUACAUGGGCUCAGCCCUGCCCUGGGGGCUCCCCCUUCACCGAGCGAGCAGGACCCAUGGCCUUGUCUGCUCCCUGCUGGUGCGGCUGAGCAUGGGGCUGCAGGGUGGCCCUGCACCCUCAUGGCUCUGCCCUGGGGAGGGGAAGCACUUUAUGGGCCGGGGGGGGCCGGUUCCAGACCCCACUGCGAAGGGGUUUGCUUGACCCAGCUGGAUUCACCCUGGGCCCCACAGCCCCCAUGGUGGUGAGGGGCAGCCAGCCAGGGGACGGGGCAUUGCCCCAGCCUGCUGCUAAGGAGAUGCACAGGAGGCCCCUGGGGCCAGAAGCACUACGUAGGGGGGCUUCCCCCAAUAGGCACUUUCCUCUGCGUCAGAUGAGUGUUAACGGGGGAGGGGCUGCAUACAGCCCCUCACUGCAACGGGGGGUGCUCCCCAGAUCACUGCCCACAGCCCCCCCACAGGAGGGUGCCCAUGGCAUUGGGCUGGGCUGGCUCAGACAGGCCCUGGGUCCCUGUACCCGCUCUCCAGCCGGGCGUGAGGGGGACCGGCCCCCAGCCCGCAUGGUGCGUGGGGGUGUCCAGCCAUGGCUCCGUGUGUGUCAGGGGCCGGGGAGCAGCUGGGCCUUCCCCCACCCCCAGCUUUGGGCCUGGCCCAAGCAGGGGGGCAGGCACACUCCUUUGGGCGCUCCCCCUCCAGCCGGGAGCCCAGUGCCCCCCUGGGCCAGGCACGGCCUCGCCACCACCAUGCCCGGGCACCGAACAAAGCCGAGCCUCAUGGGCGGGGUCGGGGGCGGGCGGUGCCCUGGGGCUGCUCAGGCCACCAGUGAAGUGAGUUUGGUGGGACUUACCCACGCCCCGGGGACAGGGACCACGGGCAGCGGAGCCGGCCCCACUUCUGCCACCCAGGCAGCGGCUGGGGAAGGUGCCCACGCUGGGUGGGGGGCUGCGGCACCCUGUGGGCACCUCUCCCCACCCCCCACCUGCCUUGCCCCCCCCCCAGCCGACGUGGAGCUGCACUACUUCCUGCAUGGAUCCUGUGCCCUGCCCCGUGUGCCCGUGGUGCCCACGCUCCUCUUCCUGUCUAAUCGUUAGCAAUACGGUGCUGGGGCCUGGGCUGCGCCGCCCACGCCAGUGAUGCCCCGUGUAGAGUUUUAAAGUCUGAUAGAUUUUAAUGAAAUUUAUAUUCCUG